UCGCCAACUUCGUGUCGUACGGAGAAUUAUCGCCGUGGCCGCGCGGCGCAGCGCGCACGCGUGCACCAUCUGGCGAACGGAUGAACAGUCAGUUCUCUUAAAAUGGCGCUCAAGGGACAAGUUGGUCAAAAGAUUAUGAAUGAGGUGAUCAAGCAGAAGAAGAAGACAACAGGUGGAGUAGAAUGGCGGAUCUUGGUAGUGGAUCAACUUGCCAUGAGAAUGGUAUCUGCCUGCUGCAAGAUGCACGAUAUCAGCGCUCAGGGUAUUACCCUGGUGGAAGAUAUCAAUAAGAAGCGCGAACCUCUGCCGACGAUGGAAGCCAUUUACCUCAUCACGCCUUGUAAUUCGUCGGUGCAAAAAUUGAUUGACGACUUCAGUAACCCGACAAGAACCACUUACAAAGUCGCCCACGUAUAUUUCACCGAAGCAUGCCCUGAUGAGUUGUUCAAAGAAUUGUGUCACACGCUGGUAGCUAAGCACAUAAAGACACUAAAAGAGAUCAACAUCGCUUUCAUACCAUAUGAGGAGCAGGUCUUUUCGCUGGACUCGCGCGAAACUUUUGCUUGCUUUUACAACCCCUCGUUCUUUAAUUUGAGAUCAGCUAAUAUGGAACGUAUUGCUGAACAAAUCGCGACACUUUGCGCUACUCUCGGGGAGUAUCCAUCAGUUAGAUAUCGCAGCGACUUUGACCGUAAUGUUGAACUCGCUCAGUUGGUGCAACAAAAGCUAGAUGCGUACAAAGCUGAUGAACCGACAAUGGGAGAAGGGCCUGAAAAAGCGCGUUCUCAGCUAUUGAUUCUAGAUAGAGGAUUUGAUUGCGUCUCACCUUUGUUACAUGAACUUACACUACAAGCUAUGGCAUAUGACUUGCUGGAUAUUGAUAAUGAUGUCUACAGGUUUGAGGCAACAGCGGGUCAGGAGAAAGAAGUUUUGUUGGAUGAAAAUGAUGAUUUAUGGGUAGAACUCAGGCAUCAACAUAUUGCCGUAGUAUCUCAGAACGUAACUAAAAAUUUGAAAAAGUUUACAGAAUCAAAAAGAAUGCCACAAGGUGAUAAACAGAGUAUGCGAGACCUUUCACAGAUGAUCAAAAAGAUGCCACAAUAUCAAAAAGAAUUGAGUAAAUACGCUACACACUUACAAUUAGCCGAAGACUGCAUGAAGCGCUAUCAAGGAAAUGUAGACAAACUUUGUAAAGUGGAACAAGACUUAGCCAUGGGUACCGACGCAGAAGGUGAACGUAUCAAAGAUCAUAUGAGAAAUAUCACACCGAUUUUACUUGAUCAGACUGUGAAUCAUUUGGACAAAUUACGCAUCAUAGCUUUAUAUGUCAUCAGCAAAAACGGCAUCACCGAUGAGAACCUAAACCGUUUAGUUCAUCAUGCUCAAGUAUCUGUUGAUGAUAAGCAGACUAUUGUCAAUAUGGCAAAUCUUGGCAUUAAUGUUGUUGUAGAUAGCAAUCGCAAAAAACUAUAUACAGUACCACGUAAGGAAAGAAUCACAGAGCAAACUUACCAAAUGAGCCGUUGGACUCCAGUCAUCAAGGAUGUUAUGGAAGAUUCCAUCGAGGAUAAGUUAGACUCCAAACAUUUUCCGUUCCUUGCCGGACGUGCAGCCAGUUCAGGAUAUCAUGCGCCAACCAGCGCACGAUAUGGACACUGGCAUAAAGACAAAGGUCAACAGACCAUCAAAAACGUUCCUCGUUUGAUCGUUUUUAUUGUUGGUGGUGUAUGCUUCUCUGAAAUACGAUGCGCAUACGAAGUUACGAACGCAUUAAAAAAUUGGGAAGUCAUAAUUGGUUCAUCUCAUAUAAUUACACCGAAGUCUUUCCUGAAUGACUUGAGUAAAGUACACGUUUAAAUGACCAUAUACAACAGAAGAGAUAACAUUCCCAAAUUCCUAAUUUGCCAUUAGCUUCACCCGUAGGAAAAAAUUAAAUUUGUCUUCGGAAAAAAUUACAUAAAAUUCUGCAAAAUAUUGUGCAGAAAAAUUCUGAAGGCGAAAACUGUACAAAAAUCUGUAAAAACUGCAGAAAUUUAUGCAAUUUUUGUGCAAUGAUUUUUGCAUAAUUUUUUCCUACGGGCAAUUCUAUCAAUAAUAUCAGCUAAAGCCAUGAAUGAUCUCGAGUAUAAAAUUAGAAUUAAUUAACUAAAUAAUGAAAACAAAGUCAAUUGUUUAAAUUGAAAGCGCCUCAUUCCGGAUAGAAAUAUCGUGUUGUUAGUUAAAUUAUAAUGAAAGUAUUCGUGUAUUAAUUGAGCACGAAGAGUCUUGAUUACAGUUAUCAAGUGCCUGCGCGAAUACGUUAAUCACCAGAGAUCAUAUGAGACAAUUUGGCAAUACUGAUAUAGAUUGCACGAAGCUGUAUGGUAUCGUAAUCUUUAGCAAAGCUAGGAUGUAUUCGUGAUCGUCAGUCUCUGUCAGUAAUAAAAGGAAAUUUGUGAAGAUCUAAAUGUGCGUCAUGAGAAGGAUCGUGAUAUUCUUCUAUUUCUCGUUAUUAGUAUUAUGUUAUCUUUCCCUCGUUGAAACUUUCCGUGUUCAAUUCGAUAUUUUAAAUAUAAAUUUUUUUUAAUAAAUAAAUUUUAAUAUUUUAAAUAAAUUUUUUUGUAAUAUAAUAAAAUUUUUUAUAAUAUAAUUAAAAAAGUAUAAAUUUUUUAAAUAUAAAUUUCAUGUGAAAUAUACUUUUACUACUUGAAAGAAAUUAUGUUCUAUUAUGGUAUAGACAUUGAAUUUAAAUAUCACAUUUCGCUUUACUCUCUUUAACUAUAUUCUCGAUGUAACGUCGAGAUAUAAAGUUACUUAUUCGAUACAAUUAUUUCUUGAAGUUACUAAUUAAUAAUACUAAAUGUAAAAUAAAAUCGCUAGAUGUAGCUCGCACUUGUUUUUUUAUUAAUUAAUUGUACUUUUAUUGUUUUGCGCAAUAUACUCUUUAAUUAAUUAAUUAAUUGCCAAUGCAUAUGCUACAUUUAAUGUAAUUCACAAGUAUACACUAUUCAUGAUAUAUGCUCUCUCUUUGACAAAUUCGAUUAGUGACCACUUUUAUUGAAUGUUAAUACAAAUACAAUAAUAUAUAUAAAUAUGUAUCGCAAGAUCUAUCGUAAUUGUUCCGCGAUUGUGAUAAAGCGGAUUUUUUCAAUUAGAAGCUUGCAUUGUUAAUAAAUAACAACAUUACCAUAUAAUUAAUGUAAUGUCAAUAAAUGUUGUGAUCUACUAGUUCAGAGAUUAUUACAAAGUUAAAUAAUAUUUUAAAGUAUAUCUUAUUAUACAUAUAUACAUAUAUAUGUAUGUAGAUUAUAGUCUGAGCUGUGUUUUACUUAUAAAGGCCUAUAAUGCACUUUA